AAAUUAUUUGCCUCUACAAGUAAUCUUUGAGGCAAAAAUAAUUGUCUCUAAAUAUAACUGUUGGGGGAAUUAUGAAGAUAGGUCCAAGGGAAGGUCCAAGGCGGUCCAAUAAGAAAGAAGAGGGUACUUCAUGGGCCCAGUUCACGGAUUGGUUCGCGAGGCCAAGCACAGGUGUAAUAUCGGAAGCUAGGAGACAAGGUUCGGAAGACUCCAAGAGAGUACGGUAUGGGCGCCUUGAACCUGUUAGAGGCCUGACAGGUUGGUCGGGGCGCCCAGCCUGACAGAAGUACGGAGUAUUAAAUGCAAUGUUGUCGUGGAACUGGGUUGAAGAAGGCUGGUUCAGGAUUGGGUUAGUAUAAAUAGUGUCGGUAGCUAGCAUUUAUGCAAGUUUGAUUCUCUUACUAAACACUAGAGCUUGGUACUUCUCUCUCUAAAAUCUAAACUAGCUUGAUCGUCGGAGGAUUAACGCACCCAAACGCCCCCCUCUGUGUGCAUGUGUGCAGGUCAGGUGCCUAGGACUCAUCGCACGAGGAGAGAGCAGGUGGGGAAUUGGGCUCCAAAGUAUCUCGGCUCAAACAAUUGGCGCGCCAGAUACCGGAUUACGACCGAGAGUUGCAAAGAUGGAGGGUGAGAAUUCAUGGAGACAGAUACCUCCCCCGGGGCCGGCGCAUACUCCUGCAGGUUAUGCGUCUGGAAAGAAGGGUGGACAUGAGGCACCCCCAGCCACGAGGGGUGGGCUCAUUUGCAGAAUUUAACGAUACGCUGAAGAAUGUGCUCCAGUACGUCAAGGAGAAGGGAUAUCAUGUUCGGUGGCUAGGUCCAAUGAGAGGGCAACCCAAUGAGCGGAUAGGGAUGGCAACAAAACCCGAACCCACGUGUACCCACCCGACCUAACCCGGUCAACGCGGGUAAAAUCCGUGUUGACAGGUUUUGUCCCGGAUUUGGGUUUAAACCUGUUCACUAUUCACCGGGUUGGAUGGGGUUUGGGUUUAGGUAAACCCGACACAUGCAUGGGUACCCUCUCACACUCAUAUAAUUAAUUUUCUCGGUAUAUUUAAUAUUCUAAACAACUGAUCUUAUUUAUGAUUGUGGCGACAUGUCUAAUUUUUUCUUUCUAAUUGUGUAGAAUGAAGUUGAUGUUAUCAAGUGGAGAGUAAAGAAACUUAAUUGAAAGGAAGAAGCUUUCAAUUAAUCAUGUUAUAUAUGGAUAAUUUGUUAUUUGCUUCAAUUUUCUUGAGUUUUCAAGAUUGGUGUUGAACAAUUUGUAUAGUAAAUUUGUGAUUUGCUUGAAUUUUCUAGAAUGGUGUUUUAUAUAUGGAUAAUUUGUAUUGAGAGAUUGAUAUUUGACUUUAAUUUUGAUAGGAACUUGUUAUUGUAAAUUUUUUACAACGAAAACCCGUGGGUACCCAUGAACCCACGGAUACCCAUUGGGUUGGGUUGGGUUUGAGUUUUUCAAACUUAGUGGGUUUUACCCCGAGUUUUUUUCACGGAUAAACCCAUAGUUUUGGGUUUGGGUUUGGGUUUGGCAAAACCCGACCCAACUCGACCCAUUGCCAUCCCUAUGAGCGGAAUAUGGACCGGUACUGCGAUUUCCAUCAGGAGAGAGGACACCAUACCACUGAUUGCUAUCAACUGAAGACAAAGCUGCAGGGCUUGGUGGACAGAGGAAUGCUCAACGAGUUCGUAAGAAAAGUGAUGACUCGAUAUUUGCACAUGUUUUCCCUUUGUUUCUUGAUCGUUUAAGCUUGCAUUAUUGCUUCUUUGGCCUAUUUUACGCUAGGUUGUGUUCCUUUGUCACAUUUCAGGUCCUAGCACAUAAAGUGAAGCGUAGGCGCAAGUUUCAAGUCAAUCGGAGAUCAAUUGGCGACUCGGGGGAAGAAACUCGGGUAUGACUUGAAGAAGAAGGGAUUUCUACCUCAGUUUGUGACCAUAUAAUCACGUAAUCUUGUCAUGAGAAGAAAGAGGACGAGAAUACGAGCAUCUGGGAUCAAACGGCACCUGAUUUGGAGUUCGAACGAGGGAGAAACGAAGAAUCAAAGAUAGGGGAAAAUUGGUUUCGGGCUUCUCUGAGAAACAGAAGGGGGCCCUAUCGUGACACUAAAAUCCCCGGUAGGGGAUUUUUGGCCUUGAUAGGGGAUUUUCCCUUGUCUCCAGACGUUGCGUUUUCUAAAAUCCCCUAUCGUGAACCAAAAAUCCCCGGUCAUGAACCAAAAUCCCCUGUCGUGACCCAAAAAUCCCCGGUCGUGAACCAAAAAAUCCCCUGUCGUGACCUAAAAUACCCUACCGGGUAUUUUGACCGGGGAUCGCGAACACAGGCUGUUAAAAGCCUGUUUUGUGCGUUUUUGCAAGGGAGAGCUGGGUUUUGGAUCCCAAACACCCAAGGGACGAACCAAAGAGAGAGAGGGCGAUUUGAGGGCAUUCUUGGAGUGGAAUUGGAGGAUUUCUUUGCCUUGGAAGCUCGAGGAACAAGCCCGGACUUGAAGACUGAUCAUCUGAAGAUUCUUACUGCAGUCUCUCUCUUCUCUAUGGAGUAACUUCCCUUCACUUAGGUUUUGAGGAACCCUAGCUAUGUUUGUUUGAUUGGAUGAUUGUAUGAGUACUCUGACUUGAUAAUCUUGAGUUCAUAUUCAAUCUAUGCAUGUUUUCAUGAUUCAAUUCUGCUUUAGUCGAGAUUAUUGAUUCUGCUUUGAUCCUAUGAGAGGGAAUACCUGAUUAGGUCAAUAGAGCACCAUAGAUUGAUAGUAGUGGAUCGAUUGCUUUAGUCGAGGGUUGAUUCACUGCUUUGUAUCGAUUGAGAACCUCUUUCGAUAGAGGGAGUCUAGUUCAGAACGCCUUGAUCAGUUGUUCUAGAGAAGGAUACGUCCCUCUAGGCAAUUGACUCAAGAGGGCCUUGUUCCUUUAGUCAAGACUCAAGGUCUAGUCAAGGAUUCUCCGCAUUGUGAAUGAAAGUGAAACAAGUUAGAAAUCAUCAAUCGUUAGUCUGGCUAGUGGCUAGGGGGAAUCAUACCUAAGUGAGUUCCCAACCUGUAAUUAGAUUAACUUUAACUGUAGUUUGCUAGAUUAGUUUUAGUUCUUUCAUCUUAAUCUGGUUUGCUAAAUAAUAAACUGAAGCUGAGUAAUAAUAACUCUAGAGACCCGUGGAUUCGAUAUUUAUCACUUGAGCCACUAUACUGCAUCCCUUCCAUUGGUUACACUUGGCCAUUGUUAGGUGUUGUGUAGUAGCGAGUCAAGUUUUUGGCGCCGUUGCCGGGGACUUUCUAGAGUAUUAGGAAAGGCAGAAGUUUGUUACUUUAGCGUUUUUCUUUUCUUUUCUUUUCCACCCUUGCUUUUCACUUGGGUGUUUUUGUUUUUGUUGGUGCAGAUCUAAAUCAUGGAUCCUCAUGGCUUCUCCAACAAUUGGGGGUAUCCACCACCACCCGAGUGGUAUUACCCCGAGACUCCCUGGAGCAAUCAAGGAGGAGAAGACUAUGGAUUCGGGUUCCAGUACCAACCCCCUUACUACGGAGAACAACCGGACCCCUGGGCAUAUCAAGAACAACCUCAUUACCAAGAAGAAUUUUUCCCACAACCAGAGGGGCCAUUGGAGCUGGAGUUACCCAUGGCGGCCUUCACGGGCCAUUCUGCAGAGCCAUGCUACACUCCACAGCCAGAUCCACACUAUGAAUUGAGACUUCUCAUGGAGCAGUUUGCUCGAGACUGUGAUAGAACAUGCUCCAGGAUGGAUCAUUGUGUCCAGGCCUAUCGUGAAACAGAGGAGAUCCUCCUGAGCCUUAAGAAGAGCAUCGAUGAUCUUGAGCGAUCUUGGGCACAACCUGCUCCAGAUCACCCUUCUGCUACCAUACUAGAAGGGGAGGAGGAAGAAGAAGGCUACAAGGACAUUGUGGAACACACAGAAGUUGUCACGGAGAGCUCCCGUGAUGGUCAUGAUCAGGAAUGUCCUGUCGUAGCCGACCACGCCUUCCCACACCCCAAACUGAGCUUUGAAGAGGCGGGCAUGAGUGAGGAGAUGCAAGAAGAUCUCAUGAAAGAAAUUGCUUGGAAACUUGCUCUCCAAUCCGUGCUAGAAGAAGAAGAGCAAGAAAGGGUGCAGAAAGAAGUUGUGGAGGAUGACGAAAGUGAAGCAGGAGGAGUUCUUGAUCAUUUCCCAGGGGUGAUACCACACGAACAAGGAAGGGAGGUUGAAGAAGCAAUUGGCGUCCAGGCUGAGGACGAAGUUGAGGUGGAAGAGGCUUGCACCAGCCAUGAGUUACAUUUGAUAUCUCCACCAAACUUCGAGGAACUACUUAGCAAGGAUCCAUUUGCAGUGUCUCUUUGCCAUACCAAGGUCACGUCGACAUCGGUCCCUCUUGGUGGACGCGAUGGUGGUCAAUCGGUGCUGUCAUAUCUGGUUACGGGAAAUGAGACGAGAGAAGAGAAUAAGAGGUCUCGAGGGUGGAGACUUCAUCUGCAUCAAGUGCACGAGCUUCCAUCUAUUGUCAUACCACAUGCUCGUGACUUGAGAUUCCACCUCAUCGACGAGAACCUCAACUUCAAAGAGGUUUUGGGGUGGACCGAAACUUAGGAGCCAUCGUCCGGCUCACGACGUGAAAGAAGCGCUUGUUGGGAGGCAACCCAACCAGUCGGUUUGCAUUUCUUUCUCUUUUUCUCCUCGGUUGAGUCUGUUUUGUUAUUUGAUAUUAGAGUCAAUAAUUCAACCUUUGUGAGAUUUUGUGUGGUGUUUUUGGUCUGACCAUUCUCUCCUCCUGGAAUACGCCGCCUGCCCCGUCCACAAUCAUUCACCCUGGAUCUAGUAACUUCGUUCUACCCUCCUUAUCUUUCCUCCAUUGAGGACAAUGUCGUGCUUAAGUGUGGGGGAUGUUCGAUUAUGUAUUCGUGUGAAUGUUUGACUGUUUGUGUGCUUGGAGCCUAGUCCACUGUCCAAAUUUCGAUUUGAGAGCUCCAAGUACGUGUUCCUUGGAAUUGCCUGCUCAGUAUGCUUUGAAUUGACAGUCUUUAUCAACCUAGGGAGGUAGUGUAGCACUAUGGAGGAUGUUGAUGCAUUUAAGAAGUCUCGUUUCUUCUUCAUAUUGUGUUGGUUGAUUGAGUGAAUUAGUGAUCUUAGGACCCUUGAAUUGUGUGGUGUUGUGGACUCUCUACCUAUCAUGGACUCUUGUAUCAUGUUUUGAAAUAAAAGGUGCUCGAUAAU